AUGCCGACCCCCACCAAGGCAGCCACUGCAAGGACGAAGGACGCCGGGUCCAAGCCGUCCACACGCGGUUCUAUCCGCCACUCGCUCAACCUUGCCUCCAUGGGCAAGGCCCUCGCGGAGGUUAUGUCCAAGGAUUCAUCUGAUAGGCCGUCCAAAAAGGUAUCCGCAGCCCAGAAGGACUCCAAGGCGAAGGCGCGCGACAAGGCGCAGGAGAAGGAGAAGGACCAGGACCUGACGGCCACGCGAAGGCUCAGUGCAAUUCAUAUAGGGGCCCCGCGCCAGUCGAUGGGCUCCGUCCGAGAGAAGGAGAAGGAGAAACCGAACCAGCUCUCGGUGAAGUCGAAGAAGGACUCGCCCGACACAAAGACGAUAUCGCGCACGACGCGCUCUAUGGCCAGGAAACUCGCCGAGGCAGCUGCAUCCCACUCGUCCACAUCGGAAGAGAGCGCAUCCCACCCGCCAGCGGGACAUCCACCAGCCAUCAUGCCCUCCUCUCGCUCUGCCACCCUUCGCCCUCGCCAGAACGCCGCCGCCACUAAAGACUCUGCGUCGUCGGCUUCUGCUUCUGCCUCCGCCUACAGUGCUGCCCAAGGGAAAGAUUCCAUCUCUGCCCUGCCCAAAUACCGUCCGCGCUCUAUGCUCGUUGAGGCCAACAAUGUCCCCAAUGCCAAGAAGCCGCAGCAGCCACCCUCCCCCGCGCGUCCCGGCACCCGCCGGCGGCUCGACAGCACCUCCUCCGCCUCCUCCUUCGUCGUGGACAGCAUUGCGGACGCUCGUCAUGCUCACGCGCCAGACCUUGCCGCUCGUUCUAUCAGCCCGCUUCCUCGCCGGACCGGGCUCAGAGGUACCCAGAACCAGAAUCAACCGCCUGUGCCGGUGUUCCACAAGCCGCUGCCGCGCGCCGAGUCCCCCGCCCGGCCAGCGAAGGCUGCCAAGGGGUCCACUUCUGCUAUUCCGCGCCCGCCUUCCGCCUCGUCCUCUUCCGUGCUCGCUUCGCCCCGCACGCCGAAGCAGACACCUGCCUUCAAAACGGCCAACAGCACACCUUCGUCCACCCCCAGUCGCAAAGGAACUCUCCGUCAGCCCGGCACCGCCGCCCUAUCCCGAGGAAAGGCGACCUCGUCCAACACACCCACCAGCACCGACUCCGACGUCGGCACCGCUACCACCUUCACGACGGUGAAUUCCACAUGGGUCGAAGGUAAUAGCACAGAUAGUGCCGGCGACGUGGAGAUGAUGCUCGCUUCUUUUGCCUCGCCCACCGCCCCUACCCCAGCGCUCCCUCGGAUCCGCCGCACCGCCAUGCAGACAUUCGGCCCGUCGAAGGCCGAAACGCCUUCGCGGCCCCAGCCCGGCGCUCCCCCCGCGCGCGCCCACCUCUCCUACCUCUCGCCCGAUCCGGGCUCCUCGCCGCGCCUCCGCCCCGGCGCGUCCCAUCUAGCGGCGAACGCGAGCACGAUGCGGGGUUCGAUUCUCUCCUGGGAACAGCUCGCCGCGGACGACCAUACGCUCGGUCGCGGCGAGAUCGACACCCUCCUUGCGGAAGUUCCCGCGCCAUUCCGCUCCGCCGCACCGAGCCCGAGCUUAAGCACGCCCACUGCGAGCCCAUCGAGCCCAGCGCUGAGCGUGCUGCCCUCGCCCGGCGAGUACGGCAGCAUCUCGCAGGUAAUCCUGCCGGACAUGACACCGUCGCCCGCGCCCGCCGCGGCGCGGGAUGUGUUCCAUCGACAGGGACACGGCGACACGCUCGGCGUGCCCUCGCCCAUGGACGGUGGCACGGCGACGCUGCUGCGGCUGCAGCUCGCAUCCGUUGAGGCGCAGGCGGCGGAACGCCUUGCGCAGGUGCGGCACCUGGAGGAGCAACUGCGUAUGGCGACGCAGGCGCGCGCGCGCGACGUUGCGGAGCUCGAGGGCCAGAUGAACGAGCUGGAGGAGCAGCUCCAUACCAGCAUGCAAGCACGUAACCGAGCGGACGAUGAGCGCGGCGCUUACGUAACGGGAUUGGAGGAGCAGCUGCACGCAGCUGAUGAGGCUCGCGAACGCGCGGUAGCGCAGGCUAGCGAGCAUGCGCGGGCGGAGGCGGUCACAAGGCAGCAGAAGAGAUGUGAAGCGGCGUGUCGCGCGCAGGAGAUCGCCGGACGGUGGGCGGCCGUGCGCGAGAUUGCGGACGGCGAGCUAGAGCUCGUGCGCUCGAGCAAGGAGACGCUAGGCGUACUCCUAACACAGAUGAACGCCCUUCUUCGAACUAAACGCACUUCAUGCACAUAAUGCGGACGUCUUACGAUCUGGCACGAAUUAGAACCUUUCGACUUCCACUUCUUAGGGACUCAUCCCUUCAAGAGUUGAUACCACCUCACGACCGUGUAUAUAUCACCGCAAGGGACCAACGUCACAGCAUCCCUGUGUAUUAUCAAUAUAUGCUAGUCAUAUCCGAGCUUUUCCCAGCAUUAUACAAUGGUAGUAAAGGCACUUGCAGUGUAACAGUGAAUAUAUGAGAUGGAGUCUUGAGGCCACUCCGAC